GAGAGCCAAAAUAGUAGUAGGCCCUACCGUAUAGGAAGGAACAAUUUCAGUAAUCGAAAAAUAUUCUUCCAUCAGUGCACUCGUAUUUCGGCUGUCUGUCAAAUUAAAAAUCUGUAGGACAUCCUCCCCACCCUCAUUGCAGAAGACCAUAGUAUGAAGCUGUUGAUUAAUAGUUUAAUCAAAAUAGUAACACUGCUACAACUACUUUCUUCACUGCCUAUUAUACUCCAUGGAAAACGAAUUGUUUGCUUGUUUCCUAAUUGGGCAGUGUAUCGCACAACAUCUGGUGGUGCUGGACACUACACCGUUGAUAACAUCGAUCCGAAACUGUGCACCCAUUUGUUGUAUCAAUUUGCUAACAUCGAUAAAUCAAGCUUAAACAUUUCUAUUGGUGAUCACGCUGCCGACAUUGACAAAAAAGGCUACAAGAAAUCUGUAGCCCUUAAAACCCAAAACCCUCAAUUGGGGGUGAUGAUUUCAGUAGGGUUUGCGAAUGACGGCAUUGAAAAUGGUUAUUAUGAGCAACUAACUGCAAACGAGUCCAACAUUGUCCCAUUCGUCAGCUCAGCCAUGGAUUUCCUCCAACUUCACGAAUUAGAUGGCUUGGAUUUAGAUAUAGAUUAUGUAGAAUUAUUAACUAAUGCGGUCAUUAAGACGAGCUUCGUGCGAUUGCUCGUCGCACUAAGAAAAGCUUUCACUCCAAAAGGAUACAUACUGAGUCUACCUCUUCUGGCGGAUCCGUCAGUCUAUUCGGCAUCCGACGGCGAAAAAUUUGACGUGUCAGGAUUAAACGAAAAUGUAGAUUUCAUUAAUCUGAAAACGUAUUCCUAUCACGUUCCUUCUCGGGAUCCGACAGUAGCCCCAGUAGCCGAUCACCAUUCUCCCCUUCGCAAACGUCAUUUUGAGAUGGAGAAUGAAAAUCUUAAUGCCGAAUAUUCCGUUACCUAUUGGACAAAUUUAGGUUUAUUAGCGUCCAAAAUCAAUCUGGGUAUACCGCUUUUUGGACUCAGUUGGACCCUAGGCCGUUCGCAAUCGUCGUCGAAUAGCUUUGUUCCACCAAUUUCAGCUGUGGGUGUUGGUCCGCCUGGAGAUAUAAUGGGCGUCAAUAAUACAAUGUCUUUCUAUGAAAUUUGUUCCGCUGUUCGCAACAACGGUUGGAAAGUAUUCUCAGAUCCCACUGGAAAGAUCGGUCCCUACGCCGUGUCUCCAACUGAUCCGAAGACGUGGGUUGGUUACGACGAUCCGGUCAUGGCAAUUGUCAAAUCCCAGUUUAUUCUAUCGGAAGGAUUGGGUGGAGCCUUCCUUUCGGACAUUAGCUACGACGACUUUCGCGAUACUUGUGGUCUUGGAUUCAAUCCCAUUACAACGGCCAUCUACAACACCCUGAACGGUAUAAAUACCACUUGCGAAUGCAUAUGCUAUGACAAUUAAAUUAGGUGUAACGAUGUAACUAAUGUCUGUACAAUACCGGAACAAGUCAAAUAAAAUAAGAAAUA